CAUCACAAAUCCACGCACAAGCACACGCAGCGCCGCACGCUACCAAUGCCUCCGCCUACCAUGCCCGCAUCGGUGCCCACGAGACCGCGCUCCCACCCUUUCCGGCGGCGGAGAGGCGCGGUGGCGGCGGUUCCUUCUCGGCUCCCUGAUCAGAUCGCGGCGGCGCCUGCAGCCAAGCGGCCCGCUGAGUCGUCCACCUCGGCCUCCUCCUGCUUCCGCAGCGAGGUCAUCUCCGCCACCUCCACCACCACCACCUCUCUCGCCGCAGCUCAGCGCCCGGAGAAGCGGCCUCGGUAUCAGGAUGCGGACGAGGCGCAGCCCGCCGCCUCCGAGUGCUCCGAGAUCAUCGGUGGCGCGAGGCUGUGCGACGCCGAGGUCUCGGUCUCCGAGUCGUCGUGCCUCGCCUCCGUCCUAGAGUCUGACCUCGCCUGCCCCGAGCGGCUCGCCGAUGACGCCGAGGCGACCGAAUACUCCUCAGCCUGCGAGGACCUCACGCUGCCGGAGACCGAGGAGGAGGAUGAGGAGGUGCGCAGUGGUCCCUGCAUCUGCGCCAACUACUCCUUUGCCCCCCUUGAUGAGUCCUCCUCUUCCGACGACGACGCCGAGCCCUCCCCCACCUUCUCCCUCUUCCUUGCCUUCGCGGAGCAGUUCGUCUCCUGCCCGCAUCCCAAAACGCCCGCCGUCACGGACGUCGCUGUACGAACGGGGAAGAGAUUUGAGGACCUGGACAACGAGGAGAGCUACGAGCGGUUCCGGCGGCGCGAGCGGCGAGGGGUGGUAGCCCGCGACUACAUUGAGGUGUACUCCUCCAUGCCCGGCAGCUACGGUCGUGCCGUCGUGGAGCAGCGCGUUGUCAUGGUGAACUGGAUCAUCGAGCAUUCCCAUGUGAUGGAGCUGCAGCCAGAGACAGUUUUCAUAGGGAUAGGACUGAUGGACCGCUUCUUGACACGUGGAUAUGUAAAGGGCUCAAGGAAUCUGCAGUUGCUGGGAAUCGCCUGCACCACCCUUGCUACCCGCAUUGAAGAGAAUCAACCCUAUAAUUGUAUCCUUCAGAAAACUUUCAAAGUAGGGAUCAAUACUUACAGCCGAAAUGAGGUCGUUGCCAUGGAAUGGCUGGUUCAGGAGGUCCUUGACUUCCAGUGCUUUGUCACAACAGCUCACCAUUUCCUCUGGUUCUAUCUGAAGGCUGCAAAUGCAGAUGACAGAGUCGAGGACCUAGCGAAGUACCUGGCCAUGCUCUCACUUCUAGACCACAAACAUCUCUCCUUCUGGCCCUCAACUGUGGCAGCCGCAGUGGUAGCCCUUGCUUGCCUUGCCACAGAUAAUGAGUCAUCAUGCCAUUUGGUUAUGGAGACUCACAUGAGGACGAACAAUGAUGAUCUGCCUGAAUGCCUAAUGGUUUGUUUUCUCCUCAAAUUGUGAUUCCGUGAAUUGAAAAUGUUCUUCACAGAGUCUCGAGUGGUUGAUCAAUUAUGCUUCCUGCUAACCAGGACAAACCCAGGUGAUAUGCCGACCCAAUCUUCUACUUAGUCCCAGUAACACAGCGUCGUGCGUACAGAGUCGCUUAGGAAACGGAGGUGUACAUAAUACAUUGCACCGUAGCAAAUUCUCCCUUACAUGCCAUUAGUUUGACAGCAGGGUAGAUAAGGACAAGAAGCCGGCCAAACGUGGUUGUGAUCGCGUCAGUCCAAUAGGGAGCAUUGCAACCACGAAAUUUUGCUAAUAACUGCCGGCGUCAGCCUCAGUGAGUAGAACUAACCUGUUGUUGUAAGCUGUCUUAAAAAUCAUUUCUUCGUUGUGUUAAGGGCAACCACUAACCUGUAUCCUUCGACUUGCUCCGUUGUUUUAAUGAAACAUCCUGUUUACAAACUGCAACUGGUGCAAUGUUGUGACCCUGAAAGACGCAUGCUCUGACGCUCAGGUUUCAGAUCUUUGGUGAAUAAAAUGAU